ACACACACCCUCACACACUCGCACUCGCACGCACACACGCACACACACACACACACAGACGCACAGGACAGUCCACAGUACCUCUCGCGCUCUCUGUCUGCAUGGAUGUUGUGUUGGGCACUCUGGAGGAUGCUGCUGAUUUAAACACCUGAUCCUGCCUCCUCUGAUCUGGAUUACAGAUGCUGAUCACUGUAUUUGCCUGUGCUGAAGCUCUGUGAAUGGUUUAUCAACAGGGGAGUGAUUGACUGAGGGAAGUUCCCCCAGCUUUCCUAGAGACUGAGCAGGGAUUUCUCUGAGAAGAUGAGCGCAAUGUGGAGCACCGGUAGAACGACUGCUCCCCCCGAAUUCAGCUAGAAAGCGCGGCUUGCUCCCUCGCCCAUACACAUGACGGGAAGAUGACCAUCACAAGUCGACAGUCCUUCAACGUUCUGACAGUCAUUUUCCUUCUGCUGUCGACAGCAGCUCUCUCCGCUCAUUUCAGAGUCUGUGAGCCCUACACAGACCACAAAGGACGCUAUCAUUUUGGCUUCCACUGCCCACGCCUCUCUGACAACAAAACCUACAUCUUCUGCUGUCACCAUAACAACACAGCCUUCAAGUACUGCUGCAACGAGACAGAGUUCCAGAACAUCAUGCAGAUCAACCUAACAGGGACCAGUGACGGCUACGGGCACAAUAACUACAGCGCCCUGGUUGGAGUGUGGAUCUACGGCUUUUUCAUCAUGGUGUUGCUUGCCUUGGACUUUCUGUACUACUCUGCCAUGAACUAUGAACUGUGCAGGUACUACUUAGUGAAGUGGGGGUUCGGGGGCCGGUGGCUGAAGCAGGGGCAGAGCCAGUGGAGCAGCCCGGUCCAGGGGUCCAGCCAGCCCCUCUCACAGCCCCCCCAAGCCUCCCAGGCGAGGCACAGCCUGAAGCCAGAAGCACAGAGCCCCACCCUCAUGUCCUUCCAGAGUUCCACAGCCUGAAAGACGAAGCACAGCGAUGAAAAUUGACAACAAAAGCAGUUCUAGGAUGCCUGUGUGUCGAGUGGAAAGCAGUGAAGGAGGUUAGAAGAAGCUACAGCUUGUAGAUGCCAGUGGAGACGUCCACUGGACUACAGUGACGACAGCGUCGCGAGUGUAACCUGUAAUCAGUGUGAAUGUGGUGUGUAAGCAGUAGAGUUUGUGUAGAUGACAUACCUGUGCGCUGUUUCCAUCGUGUGGUCUUAUUGAAGCUGUGCCCCAUCUCAGACAAGACAAGCAGCGUUAGAGUGUAGAGGCUGCAAACGCCUGUUCUGUGGGUAUUUAUAGAAGAAGCUACUUCUGCAAUCAGGCCAUGAAACACAAACUCUGUCACACAUCAACAAUAUUUUAUUUUAAAAUUGCACUCCCACACAUCCAUUUAGUUUAAUUUGUAUUUAUUUAUAGAUUAAUGUGAACUGUAUUUAUUUAUAGAUUAAUGUGAGCAGUAUUUAUCCAUGACAUAAUUUUUUAGUCAAAUCCUACGCCAUAUGAAUGAUUUGAAAAUUGGAGUUGGGUAGAUAUACGUCACUAUACCCAGACUCCUGAUUAAACAUGACAUUAUUUACCCAGGGUUGUUAAAGAAGAACACUAACAGCCAGCAUUACCAAAGUAGACAAUCAAGAAGAGCCGUGCUUCGUAUUCCCAUGCAUUCGCAAACAUAAAGUCCUUUAGAGAAAGUCUUCAGACUCGGGUUUGAGGAAUGAUGUGAUUGGGCCUAGCCUUGCAGGAGUAGUUACCAUGUUAGAGCAGACACCAUUGUUAAUUACACUGUUAUUGCAGUCAAUCAAGAAAUACAGCACCUGUGUUACUUUCCUGUUCUAUGGCAGCUUUCAAUCCAGCUUUCCAGAUGCAGUAACUAAGCAAGUAUUAUUAAUAUGAAUUUUGUAAUGUGUCCUUCAUAACACAGCAGCCUGGCCUAUUCCUUAUGGCUGAUCAGCAAUUCUAUACACAAGGUAAGGGAAAAUAUAACUCGCAGUUGCUCUCAACUUUAGAUAUAUUCAGUGAGUUUUGCAUAUACAGCUAUCUUAUUUCAAACGCUCCAACAUGCAAACUUUAUUUUACCAUUUUAGAAAAAAAAUGCAGAGCAGCAUCUGGGCACCAGGUGAACCCUGAGUGGAGCCGAAGGAGGUGUAAGCAACCUCCUGAAGGGAGGUGUUUGGGAUUGUUUGCUCAAUCAGUAAAUGUAAUGCUGCAGCCUCCUCUGCACUCAGUUAGCAAGCUUAAUGCAACUUGAAAAAGCUCUGUUGUAAAGGGAGAUGCAAACUUCCUUGAUACUAAUACUUGCAAAAGGUUAUUUUCCAAAGAGAAAUUCAUUGUCUGAUUUUCUUGGUGUUACACACUCUGCCAGAGCAUGCUCCCUGGAGAGUCAGUGUAGCUCUGCAUCUCUGAGCAAGCUAGUGGUGUUUAAGAGGAAUGUGAUGAAGCAAACUGUGUGCUUCCCCCCCUGUCUGUAAAACUGUUAUUAGUGAUGAUACAGUGGUUAUACUGACAACAUACAUAUAGUAACAUAUAGUUCAUUUCCAAUGCACAGCUCCAAUCCACAGAUCUCUUUACAUUAAUACCUUGCACAAGAUGUCACAUUUGCCCCUGCUUGUUAGGAGGAAAAAUGACUAAAUAAAGACUGGGGUGGUGCCUCGUACUGUAGUUGACUAUAGAUUUAUUGUCUUUGUAUUUGAUUCUUGCACCAGAGGGUGUGGCGAUUGUACACCCGAGGGCAUAGCAAAGCAAAGCAAGGUAUGAGGGAUUGCACAAGUCGUUUUCAGUGGGCUUGUCACUCAUCACGUGCUGUUGGUCAGGUUUGCAAACAUUUUGGACCGUGAUGUCCGAAUGCUGUUAUUUUUUUAAUGAGAGAAUGAUCUGAGCUCAGUUACAGCCUGGUAAAAGAUACUGUACCCUGACUGGUCAAGACGCUUUCAGCAACAUGCAAGACAAAAGUUUUUCUCACCUGCACACCUGCUGUGUGCAUUUAAGAUCAGGGAAUCUUUCACAGUCUAUAGUUCCAAUCCCAGGCAGAGAAGGCAAGUCCUAAUUAAGAGCAAUUUCCAAUAGCUGGAGCUGUUCAUGCAUGCACAGGUGGGGGCUUUCAUCAUGGUGUAGUGCAAAGCUGAUUUAUUAGGUGGAAAAGAUCAAGCUUAAGCACAAGCUGCUGUUACUGCCGGAGGACCCUGUGGAUAAAUAAUAAUCAGAAAUGUGUGUGCAGAGCUGCAGGCUACAUCAUCAUAGAAAAAGUGUAUGCAAGGGCCACUGAAAAAGAUAAAUAAAUGAGAUGUAAUGUAAUGAGAAUUCCUGAAAUCUUUUAACUUGUCUAACCCUGCUUCCAGCACAGUGUCUUAGAUAUGCAUACUGUAGCAGUGCCUGGUGACAAAGGGAUAAUUCAAAGGAAUCCAAGAAACUGCAGUAAUUUAUGCUGUAUCAAGGGCAUCCAUGCUGUCAGUGAAAUAUUUCUCAUGCAUGUUGCCUUCUGUUGUCUUGCGAGUACAUAGCUUAAACGGCAGGCAAACCCCUCCGAGUUGUAGCGUUUAUGUGCCUGUAGCUUGAUUUGAUUAGCCUAUACCCUGAUAAGUUACAGCUGGAUUCUGUUUAGAGCAUUUUACAGCACUGGGGGAAAUCCCUGCAUUGCAUCAGCCACCUGUUUGUGGUUAUACAGAAUUGAACUGGCUGAUGCAAUCCUGGUGGAAUCCCUGAUGCUGUAAAAUGCUCAGGUCAAAAUCCAGCUGUGGUUUAUUCCAGGGCUCUAUACAGUAGGUUAACCAAUCAACUUCAUUGUGUCCUAUGUAAAGGAGCACUCCUAUUGGUGCACACCUUGCAAACACACAGAAAAGCACAAGCAUGCACACACACACACACACACGCUAUAGAUGCUACUUUUAAGUGUAUUUAUUGUUGAGCUCAGAAGCAUAGUAUGUGCGUACAAUGCUGAUAUACACCUACCAGUCUCACUUGAUAACAAACACACAGAGGGAAAGGAGCCCAUCACUUGUAAAUUACCACCGUUCCUCAUUGACGUGUAAAAAUGUGCAAUUUUCAACUUUAAACAUGCUCCUUUCCUUGAAUCUAAAGUCCCUGUUGCUCUUCAUGGCUAUACUGUACAUGUAGUAUAUUGUAAUGCUUAUACUAAGAGUGGGGGCGCACUGUAUUGAUAUUGAUAAGGAAGUUGCAUUGCUAACAGUUGCCUUACAGCUGAUCUACACCUGUACCCAGUAGCUUUGUAGUGGCUGCUACUGUACAUGUUCCGGAUACAUUGUUAAUACAAGUCUAAUACUCUAUAUGUUUUAUUACUAGAUAGAAUGUACAGUUUGAGUUUAAUUGUAAUUGCACUUGUUACCUUUGUAUCGUUACAACAUGGAAAAAUAAACUAUAUAUC